AUGAUGCAAAAGUCUGAAGAAGAGUCUCCCGUGAAGAUCGCGUUUGACACCGAGGCCAAGAAGACAAGCGGAGGAAACGAUGACAAUAAUACAGAUACGAAAAUGGAGGCUACCAAGACGAAAUCUGAAGAGACGGAGAAGCACAUGAAGCAAAUCAACACCUUAGCCGAGAAGGGAAAGUCCAACUUGGACAUUCAGCGGGAAAAGGGCUUGAAGACUGGCUUUGCCCCUGGUCCUCUGGAUGUCAUUUGCGCCAGGGGCAGCGCCGCGAGAAGACACGCUGGCAAUGUUCGAUUCAUUGCGAUUGUAGACUCCCACCUGGCAGAAUACAAACAGGCAAAAAACAAACUUGAGAAGUCCAUCAUCGUAUCCUCCGUCGUCUCCUCCAUCCGAGAGGCGAGCCCCGAUGGCGGUUUCGUCAAGAAGGAUGCCAAUGGUGUCUGGAUCGAGGCAGGAGACUAUGCUGCCAGAGAAAAAGUUGGUCAAAGACUCCGAGACCUCAUUGGAAACCGCUACUCAUCGAGCUCCAGGUCCAAGAAACGCCGCCGCAAUGCCGACACUGCCAACUUGAUUGACCGUGUUGACAAUAUUGUCCAGCGCUCUGUCGAUGGCAAGGCAUUGUCUGAACGUGUCGAAGAGCUCAUGGCCGAAGGAGGCUCCGAAAAGACCGACGCUGAGGUGCAAGAGAUCUUCAACAAGGCCAACUGCGAGCUCUUGGCCAAGUUCAAGCAACAGGAACUCGCCAAGAGGCAGAUUCAUGAUCAGCAGUUGGCAACCCGUCAACAGUACGAGGCCAUUCAGCAACUGACAGGCCAAGGAGUGGCACAGCAAUUGGAUGCGGUGGAAACACAAGACCACAAACGAUCCAAAAGCACAACUACCGGUGCCCAGCCAUGCCAGGGCAUGCUCUCCUCUGUUUCAAACGACAUUGAACCCUUGAGUAUGGAUGAUCGUCUUUUCUACGAACCGGUCAAGUUCUCCAAUGACGAGGAAGAGAGCCUUGUUAGGGCCCUUAGCGACGACGAGGAUGACGACAACAAAUCCUUCAAAGGAAAGAGUGCUGCUGUUUAAGUGGACAAACCAAACAAGCCUUGCAUCAAAAGUAGUGGAGCAUGGCAAACUAGCUUCAAACCACUCAAAUAUUUGGUCUGACAAACAGCCUCCAGACUGUCACUCGACUUCAUACCGGUCCGACCCAUGAUAUCACGCACUCUGACUUAUCUGCUUCCUAUAACCUAUAACUCCGACGCUCAGAGUUUCCUUCACGCCUCCGGGCUCCGGGUGCCACGAUGGUACCAGUAGCAACCGACAUACAUAUGAUGAUAACUAAUAUUGACUAAUGACACAGAAGAACAAAACCUAGUUAGUUAGACUGAUUACGAUUAGUAUCGUAUAGAAUAACUAACUGAUCCAUCCAUCCAUGAGCUUUACUAUUGGCGGUCGCAUCAUCUACACAACACAUCGGCAAACGAAGAAAAGACAAAGAAACGGUUCGUCAGCUGAGGGUUCGCGUUCUCAAAAAGAUCCAACCGCGACUACUUUUGGCUUC